AUGUAUCCCACUCGUGCUCUGCGCAUGCAGCCCUCUCGGGCCCUCUUCAACCCUGCGCCUAAGGAGGCUCACAGCGCCCACACUAUCUCCCAGCGCCUGCGCUUGAUCAAGAAGUGCCCUCCCGAGCUGAUCCCUCUUGGCAUCGUUUUGGGUGUUGCUGUCGGUGCCGCCAUCUACUCUAGCGUCAAGAAGCUCACGACCGACAAGACACUGCGCCUCUACCGCAACAGCCCAGAGAGCCGUGAGCACUAA